AUGGAGUUGAAUGUGACUGUUAUACAAGUGAAUGAAAGUGCACCAGUUGUUCCAGUUAUACCACCAAGAAAACUCAAUCGUAAUUUAAGUUUCCCGACUGCAGAACUUGAUCAAGAGUUCAUAGAUCUGCCACUAGCACCACCUAGGCCUAUUCGAAAAGAUAAAUACUGUGAUGAUGUCGUCCCGGCACUCCCACCGAAACCAUUAAGGAAAAAUGAUGAAACAAUCGACACUACUAAUAGAUACUUAUCAUUCAAGAAAGAAGAUCAAAUUUAUAAUGCUGAAAACGAAGAUGAAAUUAGAAUCAUUUUGCUGGGGAAAACAGGAUCAGGGAAGAGCGCUACUGGAAAUUCCAUUGUAGGAGAAACAAUGUUUAAAUCAGAUAUCAGUGGAAAGUCCGUAACUAAAAAAUGUGGAAAAUUUGACGUCAGAUCCAAUGGCAGAACAUUAGUGGUUAUUGAUACACCCGGUUUGUUUGACACAACAUUAUCACAAGACGUCGUCAAAAACGAAAUAAUUCGCUGCGCCGAUAUGUCCGUACCUGGCCCACAUGUUUUUAUGAUCGUGCUACAGAUAACAAGGUUAACAGCAGAGGAAACCGAUGCUUUAGAACAAUUGUUCAAAACUUUUGGUACGUCCAUGGGAAAGUAUUCUUUGAUAGUUUUUACGAGAUCAGAUGAGUUGAAGAGAGCUGGAAAAAGCAUCAAAUCUUUUAUUGAGGAAACAGGCCCACCUCUGACUGAUUUUAUACGAAAAUGCAAAGAUCGUUAUUUUGCAAUGGACAACACGACAACUGGACAAGCUAAAAGUCAAAUGGUCAUGGAAUUAUUGAAAGUAGUAGAAGAUAUAGUUAAAGAUAACAACGGUCGUCAUUUUACCAAUAAAAUUAUCGACGAAGCAUGCCAAGCUAGAAAGGCAUAUGAUGCUUUGAUUGAAACAGACGAUCCGCAGCAAUUGUAUAUCAAAGACGAAGACGAGGAAGGAUUUGAUGACAACUUCGAAGUGUAUGGAGGCGACAGCAUUUCGGUCGACAGCCAUGACUCCGGAGUUUCAAUGACAAAUCAACCUAUUUAUGAUGAAAUAUAUGAAGGAUAUAAUUCUAAGGAGAACGAGAUCAAGAAUCUUAUUGAUAAAACUCAAAGCAAAAUUAAGAGCAAUGAGACAAUAAGGAAUCGUCUACAAGAGCAAAAUGAAAACGAUAUGGCAAAGAUCGAUUCACAAUUGACAAAGAAGAAGAAGGAGGCAAUUGAUAUCAAGGAUGAUUUAGACCGUGUAACAAACCAAUGUCGUACGUUAGAACAACAGAGGAGAGACCUAGAGUGUAAAACAAGGAACGAAAUUCAAGAAUAUGAUUUUGAAUUGAAGCAGCUGCACAAAAGAAAACGAGAGUAUCAGAAUCAAAAAGCCUGUCUUGAACGGAAAAAAAUUGAGUCAAGACAGAAAAUUUCAAAAGAAUCUGCAAGUUUGCAAACUAAGAUAAAUACUCUUCAAAACGGUUGUUUGAUAAUGUAGAUUUUGUAAUGCUGAACAUAAUGAUAUGACGAUCAAAAUCAAUUAUAUUUGAACAGAAACAGUUAUUUCAUUUUAGUAUUGAUAUAUCAUGUGUGUGUAGUAAUAACUAUGACUUUGAUUUUCAUUUACCUUUGGUAUAAUACGCGAAAUAUUGAACAUUAAUUUUCUUUCUUAUUUAGUCAAUUAGA